UGAACGCAGGUUGUGCCUCAGAAACUGCAUGGCACAUUUCAUUGUUUUUGUUUUCCUUGCAUGGUAAAUUGUGCCAACUCCAAGUGGCAUGCUAAGGAAAUUGGUAGAAUGUUAUUGUAGAGUGUCAUGGCAAAAUGUUAAUGCUCUUGGAACAUGUUCAUAUGGUAUCUGCUGCUUAAGAUGUUAGAAUUGGACUUUUUUUGUUUGUUUGUUUGAGGGGGGGGGGGGGGGGGGUGUUUCAAAUAUUCAAAUUUAAACAACUUCCCGAGGAGCCUAAAAUUUGGAAAACAUUUGUUGAGUGCAUCCUUUUACGAUGCACAUAAAAGCUAAGAAUAGAAAAAAUGUGGUGCUUCUGCUGUCAGUUGCAGAAAUUUGCACAGUUUAGCAGAUUUCUGCGGUUUGUUGCAGUUUUUUAAAAAUACGCUUUUGUGUUAUGCUUACUGUAAUGUCCUCACAUGUGGGAAAGGAGAGCCACAGUUGACGAUGCACAUUUCAGGCUUUUAUUGAACGGUUUGACAAAAAACAACAUGAUGUGCACUGCUGUUGGCAACAGCUCACAACCAGACACUCACACGCAGCCUGGCUGACAUUACACGUCACCCCACCUAGCUCCGCUUCUUAAAGGCACAGACACUAAAAGUACACCUUAUACAGUUUAUAGUUGCAAUUUGUUUGUGGAUUUCAAAUACCUUUAUGUGUUUAAAACGUGUGUUUUUAAUAAGUUUAGAUAUGUUUAAAGUGUGUGGGAGAGGUAAAACUAUAUAAAACAUUGUCAUUUCUAAUAUGUUCUAUAUACUGUGAGAAAACGCAAAGGCUGUCCAGUAGGAUACAUUGUGGUUCUCUAAUUUUGGCCUGUACACAUCUUUAAUGACCAGAAGUAGUAUUUUCACCAGAUGGUAAAAAAAAAAAAAAAGAAUCUCAAAUGAAAGCAGGCUGCAAAUGAUUGUGCGCCAAUGCAGUAAAGCACAUACAGUAUAUGCUUUCUACCAAACUUGCUUCCCCCCACCCCCCCAAGUGAAGAGGAGGAUGGAAAGGGAGUGGUCUAAGUAUGGGACACACUCCUUCAGUUGGAGGAUGACUACAUAAAACUGAAAGAGAUCAAAUGAAUAGUCACUUGCUUGCUGUCAGACAAAAUGCAUCACCUGCUGUUACUAUUUGGGAUUUUACACCUUCCUAAAGCCUAUACUUUGAAGUGCUAUGAAUGUGCAGCUGGAAGCUCAGCGACCUGCAUCGACAAGACAAAAGAAUGCCCCCCACUGGCGACGCAGUGUAGUGCACUCCGAUUAAUCGUGUAUUCAGGCGAGUCGGUUAUUGCGGACGUCAAUGGGAAAAGCUGCAGCUUUGCUGACCACUGUGCACAGGCCUCAGUCAAUUUUGGAGUGACCAGGACCAUACUUACCAACCAGUGUUGCACCACCGACCUGUGCAACAGCUUUGCCGUGCCGGACUUAAGCAAGACCAGGCCCAAUGGUAAAAAAUGUUUCACCUGCAAUGGGCGACAAUGCGCUGCCACAGUGGAAUGUCUAGGCAAUGAGUACCACUGCAUCUCAACGACAGUGGACGUGAAAGGCCAAAAGACGGCUAUGAAGGGCUGCGCCUCCAAGCAAUUGUGCACCAAUACGGAACAGAUGGAAGGACUCAUUGGAAAUCAGAUCAGCUGCUGUGAGGGCGACUACUGCAACAGUGGUAGCAGACCAAGAGCUGGCCUCCUGCUGUUGGGAGCACCGCUGCUCCCUUUGGUUAUUAUGUCGCCUUAACACAAGGUGCUAAGUUGAACCUGUCCUGUUAAACCGCUGUAUAGUCUUAGACACCGUGCUGCAGCUCAAGUUUCAAUCUUCUUAUAGCCUACGGGCAAUCUUUAUGGAGCACAGCAAUCAUUUUUUUGCCGUGAGGUGCCGUAUUUAACUUUGAAUGACCAGUACUGCUUGAGAGAGUGUGAGAGGGAUAACACCUCUCCUCUCGAUCAGACCCGCUCCCCAUUCACACCUGAGAGAGAGGUUUGGACAUUUUCAUUCAGGGGUAUACUCACUUUUGUUGCCGGCAGUUUAGAAAUUGAUACUGACUACUUUAUAUUGUUGUAAAUUGUCAUUUCUGUAGUGUUGUCCUAUGAACGGUAUAUAAGAAUGAAAUAUUCUACUUACGUUUGUGAGAUAUUGUGUGUACAGCAACACGCAUGUCAGAGAAUGUGGAGAAUUUCACAAACAAAAUAUGAAAAUAUGUUUUCCGAAAUUCUGACUUUUGCUCCUAGUUGUUAAGGCCACACUGAAGAGAAAAAAUAUAUAUGCUAUUGUGUAAUGCGUGACAUGUCAAUCGUUGGCGUUUGUAUAGGGAACCUGCGCCCCCUUGUGGAGUGGCGCCUUGUAGAACAGAUAAUAAAUUAAUUAAAAAAAACACUUAGGUCAGCCAUGUCCCAGGAACGUUUAUUUCAUGGGAAUAUUUUCUUUGAUUUGUUGCAGAAGUCAUUAAAGUAGUGUUGUUGUUGUUUUUUUUUAAAACUAUUGUCAUAUACAACGUUAUACAUAUGGACCAGCCGGCCUCAGCAUCAUAAGGAUCAACCACACAUUCAGCUGUGUUUUAGUUUUCUGUCUGAUGCAUUUUCAGUGAUUCAAAUCCUUGAUAAGUGUCAAGCAAUUGUGUCCUGAGGAGCAUUUUGAUGCAUCAUUUGCACGCUUUGUUUCUGUAUGACAAAAUAAAACAAAGAUAUUUGGUCUA